AUGGAAGUAACCAACCAGUCCAUUGUGGCAGAGUUUAUCUUGCUGGGGCUGUCAAACCAGCCAAGGCUGGAGAAAACGUUCUUUGUGCUCAUCCUGCUGAUGUACCUGGCGAUCCUGCUGGGCAAUGGGCUCCUCAUCCUGGUGACCAUCGUUGACUCCCGCCUGCACACACCCAUGUACUUCUUCCUGGGGAAUCUUGCCUUCCUGGACAUUUGCUACACAACUUCCUCAGUCCCCCUAGUCUUGGAUGGUUUCCUGACUCCCAGGAAAACUAUUUCAUUCUCAGCCUGUGCUGGGCAGAUGUUCCUCUCCUUUGCCAUGGGAGCCACAGAGUGUGUGCUCCUGGGCAUGAUGGCCUUUGAUCGCUACGUGGCCAUCUGCAACCCCCUGAGAUACCCCAUGGUCAUGAGCAAGGCUGCCUACGUGCCCAUGGCUGCUGGCUCCUGGGUGGCUGGUGGAACCAACUCCUUGGUGCAGAUCUCUCUUGCGGUACAAUUACCCUUCUGUGGGGACAACGUUAUUAAUCACUUCACCUGUGAGAUCCUGGCUGUCCUGAAGUUGGCCUGUGCAGACAUCUCCCUCAAUGUGAUCAGUAUGGGGGUGGCUAAUGUGAUCUUCCUGGGGGUCCCAGUACUGCUCAUCUUUGUUUCCUACAUCUUCAUAAUCACCACCAUCCUGAGGAUCCCCUCAGCUGAGGGGAAGCAAAAGGCCUUCUCCACCUGCUCUGCCCACCUCACUGUGGUGAUCAUUUUCUAUGGGACUAUUCUUUUUAUGUAUGCAAAGCCCAAAUCAAAGGAUUCCCUUGGAGCAGACAAGCAGGAUGUUUCAGACAAGCUCAUCUCUCUUUUCUAUGGGGUGCUCACCCCCAUGCUCAACCCCAUUAUCUAUAGCCUGAGGAACAAGGAUGUGAAGGUUGCUGUAAAGAACCUGGUGAGUCAGAAAUGCUUCACCCAGUGA